CAUGUCUUGCUACUGCUCAGGAGCAAAGGCUAGUUUAACAAUGCCAUUGGUUGAGUACAGAGGAUAAUCUUCCCUUGUCCCUGGGUGGCAGCUAGCAAAGAACAGACCAGCGGUCCUUUAGCUCUGUUGAACCAGCUAUGUGUUUGUUGUUCUGAUCAGGGGAAUGGACGCAUGUGCUUCUUUGGUUUUCCAAGCGGUGAAUUAUAAACAACAAGGACCACUACUGUUUGGGUUUGCAACUAUAGUGUUUGAGGCAAGCCAUUCUAAAUACAGACUUGGAAGUGAAACUGUUUUGUGUAGCACAGGACGGAGGCGAUGUGGCUGUAGAUAGCAUGGACGGCAAACAGAGCCAGCGCUUAUCUUCAACUAUCUAACUUUCUAUUGAGCUCGCUGGAACCCCCCCUCCCCUCCCCUCCCCUUCCCUUCCGAGCGCAGAUUAUUGGACCAAACCAUUGCCGCAGAUUGAACGGGACCCAAUGGAAGCCGAGCGCCACUGGGAUUAGAUUUGCCAGUACCGCAGUAGGUCACGCCAGACAACUUACUUCCAUGUUCUAAUCAGGCCACUGCUAUGUUGAAAUCCCCUCUGGCUCUCAAGGCGACAUCAUGCUGAAGACAGAGGCUUCCGGGGAGAGGACCACCCUGCGGAGUGCCUCUCCCCAUCGCAACGCCUACCGCGCCGAGUUCCAGGCCCUUAAGAAGGCCUUCGACCAGCCCCUCAUUGACGGCGGCUCCAAGCCCAAGGGCCCCGAGCGGCCCAAGCAGCCCAGGGGCCGACAGUAUGGCGCCCACGUCAGCCGCAUCAAGGACAUGUUCAUGCAGAUGGGCACCGAGCCCCCCGGGGCUAAGACCCGGGACGAGCUCUCUCCGCAGAAGACGGCCAAGCCCAGCAACUCCGUCAACAAGGCCGACGGCUUGGUGCUGAAGCUCCAGCACUCGCUGUCGGCCGAGCGGAUCGGCGCCGCGGGAGCCAAGUUCUCCGAGGCCAGGAUGCGGUUCGAGCAGCAGUCCCGCGACCAGUCGCAAUCACCCGUCUACCCCCACGGGCGGGACAAGAGGGGGUCCCACGAGCACCUGGACGACUGGCGGGGCAGCAGAUCCAACCGAGGCAGUACGGACUCGUUGGACUCCCUGUGCUCCCGGGCGGAGGCGUCCUCGCCCACCGUCAGCCAGCUCAGCGCCGUCUUUGAAAACGCAGACCAACAGUCGGACCGACAGGGCGCGCACCACCGAGGCGUCAGCAGGCGGGCCCUCUACUCCCCGGACGGGAACCACCGGGGCCACGGAGGGGACCUCAGCGAGGACGACUCCCGCCAGUCCCCCGUCCGCGGUUCCCAGCGUCACCGGACAGGGGGCAAGCUCCCCGCGUCCGCGUCCGCCGAGGACCUCCUCUGCCCGAGUCCUCAGGCGGAGCCCGUCACAGGGUCCCCGCAGAGGUCGGCCGCGCUCGGCCAGGCUGCAGACGGCCCCGGCGACAGAGGGCGAGGCGCGUCGGCCGCACAGACCAACGGAGGUCAGGUCAACGGAUCGUGCGGUGAGGAGGACAAAGAUUCCGGAAGGAAAAACCUGGAGGAAGACAUCCUGUCCAAUUCUUUAGCGAAUGCGCUUGACGCAGAGGACCGCUGGGACUCUGGGGCCCCGGUGAAGGACGGCCCGGACGCUCCCGGAGGAGAGAAGGUCCGAGACGGCGGCAAAGAGCCAGCGGACGGCCGCGACGAGGACUACGCGGGGAACGAGCGUAUCAUUUUUAACGCAGACGGAGACGCCUGCUACCAGGGCUGGGGGGAGAGCUGCACGGACCCGGAGGACGACUUCUACGGAGACGACGACGACGACACCAUCUACGACCCGGGUGCUGAGCUCACGGAGAUCCCCGGUCUGCCGGAAGAAAACCAGGAAGACGUCCCUCCGAAGAGGAAGAUCUGCUUCAGCACGGCUCCUAUGACGGUGUUCAACACCUACGCCAACGAGGACUACGACCGCCGCAACGAGGAGGUGGACCCCGUGGCCUCGUCGGCCGAGUACGAGCUGGAGAAGAGGGUGGAGAAGCUGGAGCUCUUCCCCGUGGAGCUGGAGAAAGACGACGACGGCCUGGGCAUCAGCAUCAUCGGGAUGGGGGUGGGCGCCGACGCCGGGCUGGAGAAGCUGGGCAUCUUCGUGAAGACCGUCAUCGAGGGUGGGGCCGCCGAGCGGGACGGCAGGAUCAAGGUGAACGACCAGAUUGUGGAGGUGGAUGGGACCAGUCUGGUCGGGGUGACCCAGAGCUUCGCAGCCACCGUUCUCAGGAACACGUCGGGAGUGGUCCGCAGGUUUGUGAUUGGUCGAGAGAGGCCGGGCCAGCAGAGCGAGGUGGCGACGCUGAUCCAGCAGACCCUGGACCAGGAGAAGAGGCAGAGGGAGCUGCUGGAGCAGCAGUACGCCCAGUACGACGCAGACGACGACGAGGAGACGGGCGAGUACGCCACGGACGAGGAGGACGGCGGGCCGCCGGGGGGGUCCGGCGGAGACAAGAGCAUCGAGGUGUUCGACCUCCCUGAGAACGAGGACGUCCUCACCCCCUCCGAGGUGGACGCCGGAAAACUCUACCAGAAGUUCAGAGAGCUGCAGAUCAAACACACAGUCACCGAGGCCGAGAUCCAGAAACUGAAGAACAAGCUGGCGUCGGUGGAGCGGGAGAAGCAGCGCUGGGAGAAGGAGAAGAGCCAGCUGAAGGCCAGCAUUGAGGAGAACAAGGAAAGGAUGAUGAAGCUGGAGGGCUACUGGAUCGAGGCGCAGACCCUCUGCCACACGGUCAACGAGCACCUGAAGGAGGCCCAGGCGCAGUACCAAACCCUGGAGAAGAAGUACAACAAGGCCAAGAAGCUCAUCAAGGACUACCAGCAGAAGGAGGUGGAGCUGGUCCAGAAGGAGGACGCUGAGAGGAAGAGGCUGGAGGAGGCAGAGGAGGCCCACCUGGCGGAGAUCCAGAGCCUGCAAGUCAGGAUUGCGACACUGGAGUCGGAGCUGAUGCUGCUGAUGAAGCAGAACGGCAUCCAGGUCAACAACAACAACAGUAACAGCAACAGCAACAACAGCAGUCGCAGUAACAGUAGCGCCGCCGCCGACAGGUCCCGCCCCCAGCAGCAACCAGGUGGGGCCCCUGCGCAUAUGCCGACCGCAGGGUUGGAUUCUCCCAGUAGAAAGCCGACCCACGGCGGUCGGGUGCGAGGCAGCAUCAGCUCUACCGAGGGAGAGGUGUCAGAGAGUACAACAGGAAGUCCCGCCCAUAGCCGGAGUGGUUCGGUGCGCAGCGCGGCGUCCUUCGACGGCGCGGGACGCAGGAAUCCCGGCAGCACUGAGGGUUCGCCGAGACGUUCACUGCUGCCGCAGGGAACCAAUCAGGACGGGUGCCAGUCUCACAUGGUGUCUGGAGCGGCUGGCAGUGGGGAGGAGAGCCCCAACAGACAGGCCCCGGGGCCCGGAGUCUCGCUACGGCAAAGCAGAACCAAGGAUCCCCGGGCAUCGCCGGGAAACAGUUCCACGGAGCCCUCGGUGGAGGACAGUCCAGAGAAACUCACGGCCAAGAACUUUUUAACCUGGCCCCACUUCUUCUCCUAUUCAUAUUAUUUGGGUCCGGCCCUCAGCGCCGACAGCAGCAGCAGCAGCUCGGUGGAGAUCAGCAGCCUGCUGAACGAGGCCAAGAUGUCGGAGCACUCCCACGCGCCGGCCCUCUCUUCAGACGAGAGCUUGGAUAUGAUAGAGGAUGAGAUCCUAGACGAGGCCCAGUUCCCCAGGCAGCACCAGGGGCCGAACCUCAGCGUGACAGAGUGGACCCCCCAGCAGGUGGCCCGCUGGCUCAUCGGACUCCACCUGGAACUCCAUGUCCCAGAAUUCACUGCCAAAAACGUGGACGGGGAGCGCCUCCUGCAGAUGGAGAGCAACGAGCUGAAGGCCCUGGGCGUCUCGUCGUCCCAGGACCGGGGGCUGCUGAAGAAGAAGAUCAAGGAGCUGAAGGUGCUGCAGGACAAGACCCGGAGGAACCGGGAAAAGCUGGAGAGGCAGCGCGACAAGCUCCGCCAGAGAGAGCAGGAGCAGCAGAGACAGAGCCAGGACGAGCCCUAGGCCCCCCGGGGGAGCCCGGCACCUCCCCCUACUGUCGUUCUUAUCACGCUCCCCGCACCCAGUAGCACCUCCAGACCCCGGGACAUCGCCAAGGACCCCCGUGUCCUCAGUGGGGUGCCCUUAAAGAUGCCCGAUGCUGCUCAAAUAUUCCACAUGGCUCAGUGGUGGUGGUGGUGGUGGUGGUGGGCCACAGUGAGACCACCAGCUGGCUGUUGGGCGGUGUGUUUUAUUUUUUUUCCACAGAGUAGAAAACCAAAAAAAAGGUGCUCACACUGUUGAUAGGUCGCUGCCCCCCUGCCCGCCCGUCCUUCUCCCCAGCCGUCAUCCCCCCCACCAACGCUAUUUCUGUAUUACGGUUUCAACAUCUGCUCAGAUCUAUAUUUAUUUAGACAUUUACUGCUGUACGUGUAUUUAUUCAUAUUCAUGGUUAGAUGGCGAGAGGGUUGAACAUGACCUCCGCGUCCACCCAGAACAUAUCUUUUAGCUUCUUCUUAUUUAGAGCCAUCUGUAAUAGCCAUAUUAAUGGAUGUGUACGAUAGCGUCCCUUACAAGUGGCAUUGUACAUAUACAGCGAUGAAUAUAGAUGCAGAUAUCCCUAGUGUGCCAUCAUGUGACAGGCAGAAUUAUAUACAGUAAUAUAUCCUGUCUGGAGGCGUUCCUUGAGGAAGUAACUGACAGCUGUGAUGAAGAACACAAGCACUCACACAAACUCUGUGGGGGGACAGAGAGAGAUCAUAUGGGCAAUUAAACACGUCCACCACUAGAUGUCGCCAGUGCUGCUUCCUCUCGUUGCUGCUGAAUCUGAACACUGGAAUCCAUGCAAGUGGGGCCUGACUGAGAGAAAACAGAUCUCUAUGGACCCCACCUCUGACUACACUGGAAAAGUCCACAUCACUGGAAAGUCGUCGACGGACUUGUGUGAAACUGACUCUGUAUAUUGUUCUUUCAGUGUUAUAAAAGCAAUUUCCCCGACAAAAAUAUGAAAAUGACAGGAAAGAACCAGAACUCAAAAGGAUGUCCAGGACGGGAAUGGAGACUGUGGUAGUGUACGAUGUACAGUAAAGACGACAUAAUAACCCACAUAGUCAUGCCGCCAUGAUUACAAAGUGAAACCUCGUACUUAUAUGCAUACCGUUCUGACGCCGUCUGUAAUCUGCUUUCGACCUCCUUUUUAUAUGAUCAAAACAACAGAUGAUUACUACCCAGCUGCUGCCUUUGGGAAAUCAUAGAUGAGUAUUUAUCUCUAUUCACUUCUAAAUAGUGUUUCAAUCCGAAGAUUGAUCAUCCGAAUCAUUUUACGAAAUCCAUUUAUUAUUGAUCUAAUUUAAACAAGACAAAUUGAAUCACACACAUACAAAUCACUGUUUCAUUACCUUUCUUUUGACACCUGUGAUCCUGAGAAUAUGUGAAUGAAUAUCCAAGAAUGCUAUACCUUAAUAUUAAUGCUUUUGUUUUUUGUCUUUCUUGUUAACAUAUUUAAACAAAACUGAUAUUCUGGAAGAAAGAUGACUGGAGCUGUAGUUUUGAAUAAUUCAUCACAGAUGAAGGAAGUGAUAGAAGUUGCACUAGUGAGAUACAAUAGGACAUAUUUUAGUGAUGGCUCAACAUUCAUCGUUUACACUUGUCUGUUUGAAAGUUGGAAAGUAUUUUUUGAGCUCUACAUCCACUCAAUGCAACAAAAGGUAGCUACUGUACCAUUCUGAAUGAAAGUUAUUAUUUAUUUAUGUAUUUUAUGAACCAUCUUGACUAUUGUUUAUGCUACAGUAAGUUAUGCAAGAAAUAGAGUAUUAUUAACACCAUCUAAUGAUUUAUGCACAGUUGUGUUUUUCUUUCUUUCUUGGCCAAAAAAGAUUUUAUGUUAGAAGAUAAAAUAUACUUUUUUUUUUUUUAGAUAUCAGUGGAUAAUCAUCAACAAUGUGACUUGAGAUCAUGAUUCAACGUUAAUAUAUCGUCCCAUUUUAAAAAUUUCAAAAAAAUAAGAAAAUCCUAUUGUGUUGUUUCAUCCUUCCUCUUAAACAAAAACGUAAGCGAUACUUGACCCUUUCUGUGAAUACUACCCCCAUCACCACCUAGGUCGACGGACCAGUCCGUCCACUGAACAUUUUCUAUGUACAGUGAAACAUGCCGAAAGCAAUAUACUGUAUUAUAAACCCUAAAGAAGCCUUGUUUUCUAACCUGGCGGUGGGCCGUGUACAGUUUGCUAGGGCUGCUACAGAAGGGGAUCCCCUCCGUUUUGUGUUCCUACCCUCUUUCUCGUUGAUUGACUAGCCUGCGCUCGCUGCUCGCGGGAUGAAUAGCGAUCUCUAGGUAAAGGAUGUUGUUUUGGGCAAUGCCUGGAACCUUCUAGUGUGCGUCCGUCUUUCCUGUGCAAAGUGACGGGUAGAGAGAGCCAGGGUCACUCACACACUUUUCGCCACGCUUUAACGCUUUGGAACAAACCAAGCUGUUUGCUUAUUCCUAUCCUAUUCUUACUUUCCCUUCGCUCCUUCUCCCUCUUUCUUUUGCAUUAUUAAAAGUUGGAUUUGGCAGCUACUUGUCACACUGAAUAAAAUGUGCAGGCCCUGUCUGUUGAUUCCUUUG